CCCCGCCCCCCGACCCCGGCUGGAGAAGGAAUUGGUCCGGAAACUUCCCCGGGGAUAAAAGCCACUCGUUCCGUCUCCCCACCACUGCUCUCAACAGGACCAACUCCGACUCAGCCCUCCACACCAGCGUAAUGAACCCUCCCUCAGGAGACCCCUUCUCCACAGGAGGACCCACCUUCAUGCCCCAGAGCAGCCGGCGCUCCGGUCAGAGCGAUGGCGAGGGCAGAAGAAUGUUUCCGUACCCGGUUCCUCCCAUUGAGGAGAACGUGUUGGACGAGGGGAAGCUGCUCAAACCCUGGGACACAAAGAAGUUGCCUCUGUUGUCGUCCCGACCCAAAUCUUGUGAAGUCCCUGGUAUCAAUAUCUUUGCUUCACCGGAGCAGCCGUCCACGCCGGUUCACGGAGUCCCGUUGUCUCUCAACACCGGCGGCUCGCUGCCCGACCUGUCCAGCCUCCACUUUCCCUCCCCGCUGCCCACGCCGCUGGACCAGGACGAGCCCGGCUACCCAGGAUCCUCUCUGAGCGGCGGGAGCAGCACCGGGAACCUGGCCUCCACGCUCACGCAGCUGGGCAUCAAUGUAUCUGGAGGCAACGGCAACUUCCAUCACCAUACACCAGGUCUCCUGGCGUCUCUACAGAGCCCGCUCAGCAGCCCCUCCCUGCACUCGUCACUGAGCAACCCCAACAUCCAGUCGUCGCUCAGCAGCCACUCCUUUUCCAACUCCCUGAGCUCCGCCUCCCUGCACUCGUCGCUCAGCAACCCCUCGCUGCAGUCGUCCCUGAGCUCCUCCCCCUCCCUGCCGUCCUCCCUCAGCAGCCAAUCGCUGCACUCCUCCCUCAGUAACUCCUCCCUCCAGUCGGUGUCCAGCGGUAACCCCAGCUACAGCGGUGGAAUGGGCGGCGCCGGCUCCUCCUCCUCCUCGUCCUAUUCGCCGCUGCUCAGCGGGCAGGCGUCACUCAGCACGUCGCCGCGGAGACGAGCACAGCUGUCUCCACUGAUCCUGCCCAUGGGGGGGGGCGAGCGGAGGCAUCACUCCAAACAGUUCUCCCCCACCAUCUCCCCCACCCUGUCCUCCAUCACACAGGGCGUCCCACUGGACACCAGCAAACUGCCUCUGGACCAGAGGCUCCCUCCGUACCCGCUGAGCCAGUCCCACCAGCACCAGCCGGGCUCCCACCAGCCUCUACCCUGUCUGCCCAGCUCCCAGCAGCAGCCUCCUCCGCUGGGGCAGCACCACCACCAACAGAUGCACCACCAACGCAUGCAGCAGCAGCAGCAGUCACAGUCCAUGCAGCAGCAGUCACAGUCCAUGCAGCAGCAGCAGCAGCAGCAGCAGCAGCAGCAGUCACAGUCCAUGCAGCAGCUCCACCUGCAGAACCUGCGUAACCAGCACAUGCAGCAGCACUUUGGAUCGCAGAAGCCGAUGGGGCCGCAGGGGAACACAUCGAACGCAGGGCUGAUUAAGAGCGAGAGCGCCUUGAAUCAGUGCAUCCAGAGCAUCCAGAGCAUCCAGAGCUCGUCUCAGUGUCACGUCAAACAAGAACCAGAGCAGCAGGCGGAGCAGUCGAGAGGCUGCGGCCUCCCGCAGCUCCAGCAGAUCAGCCAGAGUCUGGCCACAGACCUGUACAAUGACGCCUUGUUCAACUCUCUGCUGGACGACCCGUACCUGAGUCUGCAGCUCUCCAGCAAAUCCAGCCAGCAGGUAUCCGCUCGCUCUCAUGUGAGGUCGCCUGAGCUGCAGCAGGACAACGACUCACAUCCUCAUCUGAGCUUCUGGACUAAAAACCUCAAAUGCUCUGAUUCAGAAAAUUUCCACUGUUUCACAGCAGAGAACCAGGGCGACGGUUUGUCCCUGAACCACAGCGGCCUGAGCUUCGGCUCCACAGACAAAAACCAGUUCCCCUCCAACACCCAGGGGCCCCUGGGACUCCAGAAUCCCAGUGACCAGCAGCUUCUCAACAACCAGAACCAGAACUACGGUGGAGGAGACGGACGCCACAACGUCCCCAACAUCAUCCUCACCGGAGAUUCUCCCCCUGGUCUGUCCAAAGAGAUCGCCAGCGCCCUGUCCCACGUCCCUGGCUUCGAGAUGGACCCCUUCUCCCUGGACGACCCGCUCAGGAUGGACCACCUGGCUCUGGACAUGCUCGAAGGUGACCUGAUGCUCGCUGACCCAGCAGUGGAGGACUCCUUCCGAUCUGACCGGUUGAAGUGACCUCCCCCCCCGCCCCCGCCCUCCACUCCAGGAGCUCGGCAGGAAUCCGGCAGAGAGACGGCCACCCUGACAGAGCUGGAGAGGAGCCGCGCUCGUCUCCCCCAACUAGACGGCUCCAGAGCGGGGUGUGGACGUAACUCUGGAAUAUCUUUGUGGUCAGUGCGAUGAAGUCUCGGAGACGGACCUGAGGCUUCGGUCGCCUGACAGAAUGAACUGAUGGGGGGGGGGGGGGUUUCUCCGUCAAAGGCACUUCACUGAAAACGCUCUUGCAAAACUUGAUGUCAAGGAAAAAACCAAGUUGCUUCUCUUUUUAGGCAUUAGCUUGUACGAGUCUCAUCUGCUUGUUAAUGAAAUGCACUCGCGUUUAUGCAAACACGCAGGAAUCCAACGCUCACGUGACGUCGGCUUUGUAAACGAAACGUCUGUAGAAACCAGCAACGCUUGGAAGAACUUGAAUUCCAUUAUGCAUCUCGGUAGAACUGGAGCUUUCUGACUGGUGUCAGGUUCACCCAGCAGCCAUGUGGCCGGCGCUCCACAGGAAGGACCAACACCACUGGUUUGGAUGAUAUGAGCCCAAACUGCUCAGAGGCCUUCUCUGCCUCCUCAGCCACUUUGACAGGAACUCAGCCAUGAUUCAGGGGUUUUAUAAACACAUUUAAAUUUCACACGUGUGGAACCAACGGCCUUGAAGAGGUUGUGAGAUUCUCCUCAGUUGAUUGACAGGUUUAACUUUGGGGAUGAGAGGAAACCACAACACGCUGCAUCUGAUUCAAGCAGCUUUGACGUGUGAUCACAUCGGAACUGAAAAUCUGAUCAUUUCUCUUUGUCACGUAAAACAAGAUGAACAUCGUUACUGAGAAAAGCUCCAAACAUUUGACCAACAACAGUUUUUCAAACUAAACAUGAUCCAUUUUUUAACAUUCUGACCUUUUUCAUUUUGUCAUCAGCGAAACUGUUGAACCUCGGACUGAUUUCACAAACGAGAUCUGAUCACGUCUUCAGAUUCAUACGCUGCACAGAGUUUACUGCAUUUAAAUAAAAUCUCAACCGAGCGACAGAAUCAAACCACAGCUUUAGAAAACAUAUGCAAACCGCACAAGAUGCAAAUAAAAGGAGGAAGAUAACGUUGACAUCAGAUGUGCCGCUGGUCAGGAGGCGUCACGUGGUUGAAACCGUGGCUCAGGGUCCGGUGGCUUUAGAGCAGCUGUGGUUCCACAGUCUGAGUCCAAACCGCUCUGAGGGGAUGCAGUUUAAAUCUGAAUCCUUCAGAAUCUAAAAUAUUUUUACACAAAACGUAUAAAAAAAGUAUAAACAUAGAGACAUAGAGAAGCAUAAUUCAGUGUCUGCAUCCAAGCUGCAGGAGGAGCUCCGUACAACCUGUAGAGAAGCAGCUGGAAGCCUCCUUGGAUUGGACAGCACCCGAGUGGACUGGAGUAUUAACGGCCCCCCCCACCUCGUGGUGUCUGGCUGCCUUCGUGCCGACAGCAGCAUUCCACCGCACCAGAUGUGAGAGGUGGAAACGAACGCCCCCGUUUAUCAGCUCAUCUUUCUACGACUUCCUGCUGCGAUCUGACGCCUGGAAUGACCACGAGGGCGUUGAGACUUCAGGAAGUGGCUCUGACCUCAGCUGUCGGGAAGAUGCUGAGAGGUGGAGCUCUGUGGCUUCAGUGAGUUUCAGCCCUGUCCACCUGUCUGUCCACCUGUCUGUCCACCUGUCUGUCCACCUGUCUGUCCACCUGUCUGUCCACCUGUACUCUAGUGGAGAAGAUUGAGCCCCCUGAAGCUCUGUGUGUGAUGACAGUGUGGAUCGGUGAAGACCAACCACGUCUCCACCUCCUCUAGAAAUGAAGCCAAAAUAUCUCAGAUACAAACGCUGCCAUCUUGUGGUGAUGACCUCAUUUACAGUCAGUCUAGAGUGGAGCUGUGGUAUCAAGGUGCCGCCCACACAAGCACUUGACCAAUCAGGAGUCAGUCUCAGUUGUCAAUCAUGACGUCUCUGCCUGUUUUAAUAUUAAAUAACGAAUUAAACCCAAACUGAUCAGAAACUUGAACAAACUUCAGAGAUAAGAACGACCUGAAAUGACAGAAACAUCUUUCAAAACAUUUAUUUAAUUUUCACUUUUUUAGUUUGGAUCGUGUCCCAGCUGCUUACGUGGAGGAGGAGGGAUUAUGACCUACACUGCAGCCGGCCACCAGGGGGCGAUGCAGAUGUUUUGGCUUCACCUUUAGGAGCUGUCAUGUCGUCCAUCUUUAUUUAGAGUGUGAACGUGAAGAAUGAGCUGCAGCUGGAGUCAGAACCCAGACUGUCACAGUGAUGUCAUAGCUUUGACCCCGCCCCCUUGUCAUUUUUAUAUAACGGCUUUAACCUUGGUCACUGAUUGACAGCCCCCCAUUAGCCCCGCCCCCUCUUUGCCUGCACUUCCUGUCUCAGUGUCGAGGCCGAGCCCAGUAACGUAUUUUUAUGUAACAGAGGUAAAGAAUGGUUAUUAUUAACUUUAUUAAUAAACUAUAAAGGAGUUUAUAUUUUUUAAUGAGAUUAUCUAAAAUCUGUUUGUAAAUUUAAAAAAGAGAAUAUUUAACAAGAGAAGAAGAAACAUUGUAGAAGUCAGACACACACACACAAACACACACACACACACACACACACACACAGUGUUUGAAUCUGGUUUGAGUUUCAGGAAAAGAUCCGUGUCGAGUUUAUUGAGACGAUUAUCACUAUGAGCCGAUGGAACUAUUUCUAGAGGACAUCUUGUCCCUCUGCUCUGACGUCCUGUUUGUUCUCUGAUGAAGUGAAUCUGUUUCCCUUCGGAGCAGAGUUCAGUUUCUCUGUAACUUCUGCUGCUCGGUGAAAAGUCCCAAACGUUUUGAAUCUGCUCGUGGAGGUCGGAGCGUCUCACUUGUCUCCAGCUUCUUCUGUCCGUCAUCGUCUUUAUACUCAAACUCAGCUCUGGAAAAACAAGAAAUCAAAGAAAUAAAUAAUGGAUUGAUUAAAUCUGCAAUUUUCAUUAUGUUGAUAAAAGCAUUAUCUAAUUUUAUUGUUUUUGCAGUUAAGUGGAAACUUUUGUAACUUUUCACUGAACGUUGUGUUGACGUCAAUGAAAGGGAAAGAAAUAUGAGAUUUGAGAAUCAAGUCCUAAUUUUACGAAAAUAAAGUAUUAAUUCAUAAUGUUUUUAAUGAUUUUGGAUCCAGAAGCAGCUCUGAUGAACACGACUUCUCUACGAGUUUCUAUUCUUUCUUGAAAUAUUAGGACUUUGUCCAUCAAUUGACAACUUUAUUCUUGAAAUCUCUGAAUUUUCUUCCAUGAUUUGGCCCAAAUAAAAAAUUGACAAGUCGUUUAAAAAGAAAAGAUUCAGAUGUAGAAAGUUUGAAAAGUUCAAACGUCACCAGAUGAGGAAAUAUGUUAUAAACAUUAAUAUCAUGAGAUUACAGAAUCAACACAAGUGUGUUGAUGGUAAAAGUAGAAACGUUUUUUAAGCAAGAAAAAUCCUGUUGACAUUUUUAUACCGUUUUUUUUUUUUUUUCAGUUUUUAAAUUUUUUUGAAACAAUUGAACGAUAAAUUAUUAAAAAAAUUCGAAUGUGUCUUUGUACGUCAGCGGUGCCAGAAAGUGAAAACAUCAAAAAAUCGGAAUUCAAACUUUGUUGCCAAAAUGUUUAAAGUAGACGUCGGACACUUAGUAAAGAACUUAUCAUCGUUAAAGGUCACGUGAUGCGUUAAAGGUCACGUGAUGCGUUAAAGGUCACCUGGAGCUUGUUGCGAUUGGAUCAGGUGAGAUGAUUUGUGUUGAGCAUCAGGCCACAGCGCCCCCUGCAGGUCAGUUCAGGCUGCUAGAGUCACAUGUUCUCAGGUGGUCCCGGUCUUUAACAAACGUACGAGCAGGUUGUGAUCUGAUGAAGGUGAAGUUGUUCAUUCACCACUCGUCGGCACUGUUUGAGUUUUACUGAAUUUUUGUGACAUGAACGAGGUGAUUUUCUGACGAGGAUAGUUGACCUCUGACCUCUGAGCUGUAGGAGCACUAGUGCUUUGCUGAGUUUCUGUUUCUGAGCGGCGGGUGAAUUCUUGGAAGGUCGAUAUUCAGGUUCAGUCUUGUUGGCGCCGGCCGCCAACCAGAUUUCUUUAUUGGGGAAACAGGAAGUGAUGUGAUGGCGUUUCUGUGCAGCCAUGUUGGCUGAUGACCGGUUCAGUGUGUGGACACGUGAAGGAAUCAGCUGAUCGACGAGGAUGUAAACAUGACACGUGACGACAAACUGAAGAACCUCAGAGCCGAGUUUCAUUUCAUAGACAUUUUCCGUUCACAGCAGAAAAACAUUCAUCACAACUGUUUUCGUCCACUGCAUCUGAAUCCAGUCGACUUAUUUUAACAACUUUAUUAAAAGAGGGUUUACAAAAACGAGACCAAUUCAAAUCUGAUGAAAAUAAUUCUAAUGAAACGUGUCAACAGUUAUUUUAACAGCUGACGCCUCCGCUGCACGACGCACCCGACCUUUGUUUUCAUUUGGUUUUCUGUCUGAAUUAAAAUCCAGAUGUAGUAAAAAUGUGUGGAAUGUUAUUGUUAAUUUAACUGAUUCAACAAAAAGCUGAAUUGGAAAUACCUGAUUAGAAUUGUAUUUAAAAAAUGUCAAAUACUUUUGCAGUAAAGAGUAGAAGUUUAUUCUCAGUGUGAGACUUUGAGCGGCAGGAAAAUCUGAAUCUGUUGGAAAACAUCAAGAUUAAUGAACGUGUGUGUGUGUGUGUGUGUGUGUGUGUGUGUGUGUGUGUGUGUGUGUGUGUGUGUGUGUGUGUGUGUGUGUGUGUGUGUGUGUGUGUGUGUGUGUGUGUGUGUGUGUGUGUGUGUGUGUGUGUGUGUGUGUGUGUGUGUGUGUGUGUGUGUGUCUCUUCAGUUAGGAGGCCAGUUUGGUUCAAUACCCUCCCUGUGAGGACAUUUUGACUUUGUGAGGACAUGGCUGGUCUUCACAAAGUCAAAGUGAUGUUUGAGAUUCAGGUCAGAGAAUUCAUGAUGUCAAUGAGAGACACAACUAUAGAGAGACAAGUGUGUGUCUGUGUGUGUGGCAACAUUAUGCCUUUGUAAUGCAAUACACCUGUUGUGAGUUCCAGACUCUGCCAGUAGGGAGAGCUGUUGACCAGCGAGGUGUGUGUGUGUGUCUGCAGAUUAGGGAUCAGUUAAAGGCCAUAUUUCAUAUUUUUUCAUAUUUUGUAUUGAUGUAUAAUAUUAAUGUUCUUACAUUAUUAAUGUCAUUCUUUGUUUUUCUCGCUCUCUCUCUGUAUCUCCUCCUGUCUCUCUCUCCCCCCCCCCCCCUCUCUCUGUAUGUGAUUAAUAUGUUGACGUGUGAUGAUGAUGUCAUAACCAGGGAACGUUGCGUGUUGUAAACCUGUGUGAAAGCUGAGCAGAGAUUUAAUAAGAAAAUAAAACAAGUGAAACCUG